AUGACAGGUGAGUUGUCUCACUGUCAUCAAAGAUCACCUAACAGUGAAAUGGCAUCCACAGGUGUUGAUAUACACCUUGAUACCCCAACAGAAAUCCUUCAUACCAUUUUACUUGGCAUUGUCAAGUACUUUUGGGGCCAAACAAUAUUCCUGAUUGAAAAGGCAAAACUACUUGAAGUCCUCCAUAGCUGCCUUGACUCCAUCAAGUGUGAAGUGCUGAAUGCACCAAGUUUGAAUGCUGAUUAUAUAUGCAACUACAAGGGUUCAUUGAUUGGAAAACACUUCAAAAGUUUAGCACAGGUCAUGCUGUUUGUUAUUUAUGACUUAGUUCCUCAGAGCAUCAUUGAUAGAUGGACAAUUAUUGGAGAAUUAGUUGUCUUCCUUUGGCACAUGCAAAUUGAUAAUCUCAAAGUUUACUUGGCAAAGCUAUCUCAAACAAUUGAAGAUUUCUUGAAUGUAACUGCAACAUGUGCCCCAAGCAUCCUCAUCUCGAAGCCAAAGUUCCACUUCCUUGUCCAUUUGCCUGCUUAUAUCUGUAGAUUUGGCCCUGCAAUUGUUUUUUCCACAGAACAUUAUGAAUCCUUUAAUCAUGUGUUCUGA